GUACCAUCUUGACCAAUGUGGAGACCAAGCCACUACCGCGUGCCUCCUCCUCACCCGUAUGCUGCUGCAUAUAAAGUAGACCCCGAACCCCAUGGCAGUUUCGUCUCAGAGAGCUCCAUCGCCAUUCCCUCUAGAGCCCCGCCAAUAUCUCCAAAACUCUCCGCGGUCAGGGAAAAGAGAGGUGCUAGAGAGAUGGAUGGCCGCAAUCUGCUGGGUGCUGCGGGAGCUGAUCGCGCGAAGCAGAACAAGGCCAAGAUCGUCAAGAUAGCGGUGCCGGUGCUGGCCAUGCUGCUGCUGCUCACGUCGGCGGCUGUCUCCACGACGUCCGACGACCGUGCCUGCCUCCGCGCCUUCUUCCGCAGCAACAUGUUCCUGAUGUUCUGCGUGCUCGUGAGCACCACAACCGGCUGUUCCCUGGCGUGGUUGGCCGUUACGGCGCCGACGGAGGCUUCCCGGCGCUCGUACGCGUGGGCCACCGUCAGGUGCUUCGCGCUUCUUGCCAUGAAUCUGUGCCUAGCCCUGUCCAACCUCCCCGACGUCGACGAUGCUGCUUAGGUUCGCCGCGCCUGCCGGAGGAUCGAAGAUGGAUCGUUUUGGAGCUCGGAGAUGCGCCGUUUUAAUCACUAAGUUACAAGUUUGCAAGGGCCUGCCGUAUGGUGUUCUAUGUUAAUCUUCCGGUAUUGUCGUCGUACUUGGGGACAUGUCUAUCUUAGCGUCUCUUUUCGGUGUUGUCUUCUUCAUCUGGAUUUUAAACCGUCUGUUUGCAUCGGCUGCUUUAAUUCAAUUAGGCAUGGUAGUAUGAACCUCGAAAGGUAUUGAAUUUGUAAUUCAGGUGAAGCUUUGAACGUUGGAACCCAUGAUGUGACCGAGUGAACUUCGCUGUUGUGAACCAA